AUGACUUCUUCAUCAUUCAACCAAUCCAUGGCGCCUGAAAACCUCCCAUUACGAGAUAUCCCCGGCGAUUAUGGCUUACCAUUCUUUGGUCCCAUUAAGGAUAGAUACGAUUACUUUUACAACCAAGGUGAAGAUGAAUUCUUCAGAACCCGAAUCGCAAAAUACAAAUCCACUGUCUUCCGUACAAACAUGCCACCAGGCCCCUUCAUCUCUUCCAACUCCAAAGUCGUCGCUGUUCUUGAUUCCAAAAGCUUCCCAAUUCUCUUUGACACCUCCAAAGUCGAAAAGAAGGAUCUUCUCGACGGCACUUACAUGCCGUCAACCGCCUUCUUCGGUGGUUAUCGUGUUUGUGCGUUCCUUGAUCCGUCUGAACCUACCCACCAUGCACUCAAAUCCUUCUUCCUGAGCUUCCUUGCUUCGUCUCACAAGAAAUUCAUUCCAUAUCUCCGGAGUAGCUUGUCGGAUCUUUUCUUAAACCUGGAAACCGAGAUCUCCGAAGAAAAAACAGCGGAUUUCAACACGAAUAGCGAUAACAUGGCGUUUGACUUCGUUUUCCGUCUUCUUACUGGAGUUCAUCCUUCGGAGACGAAGCUGAAGUCGAAAGGUUCAGGAUAUACAGACACAUGGUUAGCACUUCAGCUAGCACCAUUGGGAACGUUAGGUCUUAAAUACUUGCCAAACUUCAUCGACGAUAUCAUCCAUACAAUCCCGUUACCAUUUUUCAUCGCGAAACCAGGAUACAAGAAGUUGUAUAAAGCAGUUUACGAAUCUGCGACUUCGCUACUUGAUGAAGCUGAGAGCUCUGGAAUCAAACGUGAAGAAGCUUGCCAUAACUUGGUUUUCCUAGCGGGAUUCAACGCUUUUGGGGGGAUGAAAGUCUUGUUUCCGAGUCUGAUCAAGUGGAUAGGAUCUGCCGGAGAGAGUUUACACCAGCGCCUUGCGGAGGAGAUCAGAACUGUCGUGAAGGAAGAAGGUGACGUAACCUUCUCGGCUUUGGAAAGAAUGCCGUUGAUGAAAUCGGUUGUUUACGAGGCGUUGAGGAUCCAGCCACCGGUGCCAUACCAGUACGCAUCUGCAAAAGAGGACCUGGUGGUGGAGAGCCACGACGGAGCGUUUGAAAUCAAGAAAGGAGAGAUAAUCUUUGGAUUUCAGCCAUUGGCUACUAAGGAUCCGGUGGUGUUCAGUAAUCCAGAGGAGUUUAUAGCAGAUAGAUUCAUCGGAGAUGGAGAGAAGUUGCUAAAGUACGUGUAUUGGUCAAAUGGUAGGGAAACGGAGAAUCCCACGGCGGAUAACAAGCAAUGUCCGGCGAAGGAUCUGGUGGUGCUUUGCAGUAGGAUAAUGCUGGUGGAGUUUUUUCUCCGGUAUGAUACAUUCACGGUGGAGAUCGGAAAAGUGGCGCUGGGUGCAUCUGUGAAGAUCACAUCGUUUACGAAGGCGACUUGA